AUGGCACUGUCGGAAAUAAAACAACAUAAAGACAUCCUAAUUUUACCUACAGACAAGGGCAACACGACAGUAGUGAUCAGCAAGGAUGAAUACCAUAGACUGUACGGACUCCCCAAAAUAUACAAACUUGACAUUCCACUAAGACCCAUAGUCAGCACCAUCGGAUUUCCUACUUACAACCUGGCAAAAUACCUCACAUCUAUCCUCACACCCCUUACCGGAGACAUCCUGGUCAGCUUUGACGUUAAAUCCUUAUUUACAAACGUUCCCUUCAACGACAAUAUAAACAUCCUCAAGGACAAAAUACCUGACAACCUUAUACCUCUUGUCCAUCACUGCCUCACUUCCACAUACUUCCUCUUCCAGGACACCUACCACGAACAAGUAUCAGGAGCAGCCAUGGGAUCAGCCAUCUCCCCUAUCGUAGCUCAUAUCUACAUAGAACAUCUAGAUGAUCGAAUCCUCAAAGAAGCUCCAUUAAAACCAUCACAAUGGUUCAGAUAUGUAGAUGAUACAUUCGUAGUAUGGAGUCAUGGCAAAAAUACUUUUGAUGACAUUUUCAACUACAUCAACUCUCUACACCCUAAGAUACAAUUCACUAUGGAAACCAAAACCGAAGAACAUACUAUACUUUUCCUCGACGUAUUAGUAACACGGAAACCGGAUGGAUCCCUAGGACAUCAAGUAUAUCGAAAACCCAUUCGUACCAAUAGAUACAUACACGCCUCCUCUCAUCAUCACCCAGCCCGAAGGAACUCAGUGAUCAGUUCCUUAAUAUAUCGAGUCAUCAGCAUUAGUGAAAAAGAACACCUACCUCAGGAACUUAACCAUAUUAGAAACACCUUGCAACAGAACGGUUUCUCCAUAAGUAAAAUAAAUCGCACAAUAGACAGAAUCAUGCAUCCAAAUGAUAGACAGUUCACCUUCAACAAUAACGACAAACAGAACACCACAUUCCUGCCAUAUAUACAAGGCACUACCGACCGCAUAAUCAAAAUACUUAGGAAACACAACAUUAAAACCAUUUUUACGACCCAUACCAAAACCAAGCAGAUGCUCACCUCCUCCAAAGACCCGCAACCGCAGCUUUCUUUCAUCGGCGGAUUACAAAAUACUUUGCUCAUGCGGUAA